AUGGCCUACGGCAGCGUCGUCCAAAGUGCGGCCACGACAAGUCCGCCGUCGUUUCAGUUUGCCGAUGGUGGCAUUGGCCCGACAACAGACAACACCAACCUCAACGGUCCAGUACUUGCUCAGGCCGUGUACAGCAAGUACGGCUUCUACUCGGCUACUCUGUCGUUGGCUUCUGGUGUUAGGAGCAUUUCACACUGGGUCAUUACGAUGGGCUUGAAGGUGGACGCGAGGUUAGGGGGUUAG